ACUAUAAUAAUCUUUGAAAUUUUCAUUCAUCUACCUCAAGAAUGCACAGAAAACUUGGACAACGUGAAAAAAAAUCAAAUGAAUUUAAUUAUUCAUCAAAAUUUGCAUCCAAAUGUUGAAACAAAAUGCACAACUAAUGAUAAGGAUAGUGAAUAUCGAUGUUACUGUUAUGUGCCUCGACUGUUUAACAUUCCAGGCAACUAACGAUGGUUUAAUAUUAUCGGAAGAGCGCAGAGAUAUAUCGUUUUACAAAGAUUUUUGAAAUUUUAUUUUUAAGAUGUUAAUAUUGUCUAAGUGUACAAGUUUGUAAAACGUAUUUUAUUCUAAGGAAACUUCAGUAAUUGGUUUUUGUAAGGAUGAAUUGUUAUUUACACGAAUUUUAUACAUUGCUUCGUAUAAAAUUUUAUUUACAUUCUUGAGAUUUUAUUUCUUUCGUCGUUUAAUUUGUUACUAUUGUAUAACGUGACGUUUGUAUAUGCAGUGUUUGUUGUACGAAUAAAUAUCGUUUGAUUUUUCAUGUCUGUCCGAUUGAUUUCGUCAAAGAUGAAAUAUUAAUUUUUAUUGGAUGCAUUAUCGAUUAAAAAAAAGACAGUUGUAUCUGAUAAAUGUCACUAAGCUUUUUAUAUUACCGGUUAUAAAAACCAUAUACUAAAUGUGAUGUCGCAGGCUUAAAAUGACUUCGUUUCUAGGAAAUAUUGCUCGCGCAUCCGUUUCGAUAAUCUGUCAAUUAUUUCUAUUUCUGUCUAACAUAUUGUACUGAUAUAGAAAAAUAUAAGCCGCAUAUUGUUAUUAUAGACGAUUAAUUAUAUAAACAAACAAAUCUCGCCUGCGCGCAAAAUACGAAUAUUCAUAAAAAUAUGUUUGAUGAGAAUAAUGAAGCCUGCGCUCAUCGAUCCACGACGAAACCAUGGAAACAGCCAAGGCACAGAAAUCAAAACAAUCUUCGUUUGAAACACCGAUUCCUAUCAACAAUUUCACAUAAUUGUUUCCUCGGGAAAUCGUUCUGAAUCUUCCAAGGAAACGGAUAAUCAUUUUCGAACAAUGGAUAUCAAAGAUAGCAGCGACGAAGAAGAGAUACAUGAUAUAUCAGCGUUCACGAAAUUCGACGAGAGUAUCGAGGUACGAAACGCUGAGGAGAUACAAAGUCCAGUGAGUCGUAGGCCUUCCAGUUCGAGGAGACCUAGACAACAUGCGAUGGACGAGAGCCGAAGUGCUAUAGGAAUAAAUUCACCUCGCGAAAAAUUCAAUUUUCGAAGAUACUCGGAUCGUGAUAACAGCUUUGGGAAAUCCAUGGGAAUUCAUAGUGAUCCAUCGGACAGUGAAGAAAGCGAUGAUGAUGAUAUUCAAGGAACGAGCAACGCUCAGCCCAUUGAAAUUUAUAAUCCUAAGGAUUUCGAGGAUUUAGAGGUGUCUACUGAGAUGAAGGAAUUAUUUCAAAACAUAAUGAGGUAUACUCCGCAAAAGAUCGAAUUAAAUUACAAACUCAUACCAUUCAUCCCCGAUUACAUCCCAGCAGUGGGUGACAUAGACGCUUUUAUCAAAAUCCCGCGACCAGACGGCGUAGAAGACAAAAUCGGUUUAACAGUUUUGGACGAGCCUUGCACCAAUCAAUCUGAUCCAGCUGUCCUUCAUCUUCAACUUCGUAAUCAUUUACGAAGCGGAGGAGGAGCGAGACAAACGGUGGUUAAAAGAAUCGAAGAUGCAGAAAAAAAUGGAAAAUCAAUCGAGAAGUGGAUCGAGGAUAUAAAUCAGCUUCACAGAAGCAAACAUGCUCCCGCAGUUAACUUAACGAAACCGAUGCCAGACAUCGACUCGUUGCUUCAACAAUGGCCACCGGAAGUUGAGGACAAGCUUAACGAAGUUGAAUUGAAUUUCACGCAAUUGGACUGUCAACUACCAGAACUUAUCGAUCUUAUAUGUAAUCUUUUGGAUAUACCAUCGGAAGAGAGCAUGAGAUUGGAGGCAUUGCAUGUGCUCUUCACGCUUUAUUUAGAAGUUCGAAAUGUCAGAGCGCAGAAAUAUUAAUCUGACAGUGAUUGAAAAAUAAUGGACACUUCGACGCAUAUAAACGUGAUAAUAAACAGCAACAUCGAUGACAGUGUUGACAGUUGCGUG